AUGGCUCCGAAGGGCGGCAAGGACGCCGAAAAGCAUCACAUUGACCACACCCCCGAGUACGAGGAAUUCAUCAAGAAACUCGCCGCUUUUCAUGAAAAGCGCGGCACCAAUUUCGAGCCUGAGCCGCGCCUGCCCGUCAGCGGUGGCCAUGUCAAUGUUGACCUCCUCAAGCUUUACAAGGGUGUCAUUGAGCGUGGUGGCUAUGAUGAGCUCUGUAGCAAGCAAAAAGCCUGGGGCCAGCUAGCUGAAGAGUUGGGCAUGUUUGCCGAUGAUAACAAGAAUAUGGGACAGCUCUCCUUUCAGCUCAAGACCGAUUUCUACCGCUUUCUGGGUGCCUUUUGGAUCCAAGAUCAGUAUGGAAAGGAGCCUCCGCCCAAAGAAAUCCUCGAGGCCGUCUCGUGUGCCACCAAAUACGGUCCCAUCCUCACGCGAACGAUCGAAAGCUUCGAACUCGCCACGGGCAAGCGUCCCGGGAGCGAAACACCUGUCAAGGAGGACAAGCCUGCCGAGAGCACACCUGUUUCUGGAAACAGGGCCUCGGGUCGUCUUCGCGAAGCUCCUGCGCAGCGCAUACCUUUCCAGCCCGACACAGGCUCAACUCGUGCGACCCGCCAUACCUCGUCGCAGCACACUAACAGCCAAUCCCAUCACUCGGCUAAUUCGCAUAGUACAACUACUACUUCUCAUACUGCACCUGCUGCUGCGUCUACUUCCCACGGGCAACAUGCUCAACACCAUGCUCCGCAACGGUAUGAAGGCUCACAUUUGCACCAGCAGCCUCCACCUGUAAUGCGCGGGGCAUCUGGCUCGUACGUUCCUCCUAACUCGGAGAACGCAUCACGACUUAGCGAAAUCAUUGAGCCUCGACCCCCGAUAAAUGUUCCCUUGCGACCUGUUUCCACACCUGGAAAUAACCCAGUAGAGUAUGCCAGGCGUCAGCGUCAAUUGAGGUACGCCGCAGCCGGCAUACUGGAACCGAUCCCGGGUCGCCCUCCUGUACCAGGUGCCAAUAACGAUGGACCAAACAUCUACACGAGGUGCCUUCAAUCUCUCCGUUCUGGCAUCCCUUCUGAACAAGCAUUCGCUUUGCACCACCUGGUGAAAAUAUCAUUUGAGCGAGGUGAUAAAUUCAAGUUUGAAUCGUUUCUUGGCCUAGCCGAGGGUUUGAUUGAAAAGGGCCUCGAGAUUGCCAGUCUUUUCUACCACAUAGACUUGGAGCUCGACUACACCGGCGGCGAUGACGGUUCCAGCGACGCCAUCUUGGAUGGAGUUCACGGAACCCGAGAUCUUCUGUCGAGGAUCGAGAAGUUUCAGCGACGAGCUACAUUUGAUCAUCUGCAGCCCGAACAUUCUGCAGACCUCUUUGUUCGGAUCACGGAAGCUAUUCUGACUAUUCGCAACAUGGUCAUGCUGCAAGAGAACGCUAUUUACAUGGCUGAAGUGUACCCACUCAAGGACCUUCUCUGUAUACUUUUACAGCUGCCACGACUGGAAAUGCUAGUCGAGGUCAAACACUUUGCCCUGGACAUUGCCGAGCAGCUGACGCCCUGGCUGGUGUUGGACGCAGAGGACCCCUUGUAUCAAUCACUGCUUAGCCAGCUCGACUCUUCCGAUCGUGGCACGAUACUCACAGCCUUGCGCGCUAUCAGUCGCAUUUCAAUGAAUCUGGAAGCCACGAAUAAGCUUCAAAAAGUUCCCGCUAUUGUUCUGCAAAACAUCAUCACCUGGCUUCUACUCAAUGAUGAGGAACUCAUGGAUGCAUGUCUGGACUUCCUCUACCAGUACACAGCAGUGGUACCCAAUGUGGAAUCACUCCUCGACUCCGUCGACAUGGAGCAAGCAAUUCCACACCUGGUACGACUCCUGGCACAUGGAUCCAAGAGAAUCAGAGAAUCGUACAUUCUUGAGCCUGAGCGAAAAGUCGGGGCUUCGGAGCACGUAGUGCCACUACCCCAGGAUCUUCAGGACAGAUUGUCGGGAACAGAGGAGCCUCAGCGCUGCUUCAACUGGCUGACUAGUCUCUUUGAAGAAGAUCCCGAGUCCCACAUCACUCAGAUCGCGAUCUGGCAGGCGUACCAGAGUUCGUUCGGCGGCAAGUCCCGCAAUACUCUGAGUGCCGCCGACUUCAUCAGAAAUGUCAGCCACGUCUUUGUGAACGCCCGUGCUCAAAUAAUAAGAGGUCCUGGCGAAGCUCAGCGUUUUAUUAUUGAGGGUAUCCGGGCGCGUACGGUACCUCUGGACUACGAGACCAAGGAAGAGUAUGCCCGUUGUCAGUGGCUGAUUGGCGGCGCGCCAUAUACACUUCAGAGAUGCGGUGGUUUCUUCCCGGGGGGUGAGAAGCUGUGGCAGCACAUUAUGACCCAGCAUCUUGAGCGAAGUCCGGGUGAGGACGGCAAGUUUUCCGACACAGAAGUCGAUGUUUCCUGCAAGUGGGCCGACUGUAGGAAAUAUGUGCAGCCCACACCGAUGAAACUAUCGCAGCUCACGCGCCACUUGAAAACUCACGUUUCCACGCCAGUCAAGCGCGGACUCUCCGACAGCAGCUCUGACGUACCCGCCAAGAAGCUCAAGAAGUCGUAUCUAGUGCCUGCCAAGACAAUGACCAUCACGUGGGAGAAGACACUUACAACCCCGGAUGAGCGCAACCCUCGGAUCGACCGUGCUGCAGGUAUUCCACUCAGCGCCGUCCUAGUGCUACGCAACAUAGCCCGCAAUGUUGUCAAGACAGAGUCACAAGAAACUCUUUUACAGAGUGAGGAGACUGGAGGCGAGGCAGGUGGCUGGAACGAGAAACUCUUUAGACCCAUGACGCCACGACUCUUCGAGGUCAUGACGGAGAAUCCGGCCAUGUCGGACUAUAUUGCCUCGCUGCUGCAACUUAUUCAACAAGACGUUUGA